CUCCCCAGCUCCUCUCUGCAUCCUCCCUGCCUUCCCAACAACAUGCAUCUUGCCAAUUUGCUCAGCUCCUGCUGCCUCUUAGUGCUCCUGGGGGCUCUGCCUGCUCUGGCAGCCCAUGAUGAUCCGAUUGAGAAGGUCAUAGAAGGGUUCAGCAGAGGACUGAGCAAUGCAGAGAAAGAGGUGGGCAAGGCCCUUGAAGGCAUCAAUAAUGGAAUCACUCAAGCUGGAAGGGAAGUGGAGAAAAUUUUUGAUGGAAUUAGCAACAUGGGCAGCCAGGCCGGCAAAAGUGUGCAACAUGGCUUGGACAAAGUAGCCCACGACAUCGACAAUGGCAUCGGACACGCAGGAAAGGAGGCAGAGAAGUUUGCCCAUGGGGUCAACCACGCCGCUGGACAGGUUGGGAAGGAGACAAACAAAAUCAUCCAUCAUGGGGUCAACCAGGGGGGCAGUGAAGCAGGAAAGUUUGGCCAGGGGGUGCACCAUGCUUUUGGUCAGGGUGGGAGAGAGGCAGAGAAGUUUGGCCAGGGGGUGCAUCAUGCUUUUGGUCAGGGCGGGAGAGAGGCAGAGAAGUUUGGCCAGGGGGUGCACCAUGCUUUUGGUCAGGGCGGGAGAGAGGCAGAGAAGUUUGGCCAGGGGGUCCAUCAUGCUUUUGGUCAGGGUGGGAGAGAGGCAGAGAAGUUUGGCCAGGGGGUGCAUCAUGCUUUUGGUCAGGGCGGGAGAGAGGCGGAGAAAUUUGGCCAGGGGGUUCACCAUGCUUUUGGUCAGGGCGGGAGAGAGGCGGAGAAGUUUGGCCAGGGGGUUCACCAUGCUUUUGGUCAGGGCGGGAAUGAGGCAGAAAAGUUUGGCCAGGGGGUUCACCAUGCUUUUGGUCAGGGUGGGAGCGAGGGAGGCAAACUGGUACAAGGGGCUAAUCAGGGACUUAGCCAUGCUGCAAUGGAGGCACAGCAGUUUGGUCAUGGUCAAGGGCAUGGUUAUUAUGCUGCAGGGCAGACUUGGCAUGAAGGGGACAAAGUAAUGCAUCCUUGGGUCAACCAGGCUGGGGAGGAGACAGAGCGAUUUGGCCAGGGUGUCCACCAUACUAUUAAACAGGCUGAGAAGGAAGCAGAAAAAGUGGCCCAUGGGGUCCAAACUGGGGUCAACCAGGCUGGGAAGGAAGCAGAAAAAGUGGCCCAUGGGGUCCAAACUGGGGUCAACCAGGCUGGGAAGGAAGCAGAAAAAGUGGCCCACGGGGUCCAAACUGGGGUCAACAAGGCUGGGAAGGAGAUGGAGCAGUUUGGCCAGGGUGUCCACCAUACCAUUGAACAGGCGGAGAAGGAAGCAGAAAAAGUGGCCCACGGGGUCCAAACUGGGGUCAACCAGGCCGGGAAGGAGGCACAGAAAUUUGACCAAGGGGUCAACUAUGCUGCUGGCCAGGCUGGAAAGGAAACGGAGAAGCUUGGUCAAGGUGUCCAUCAUGCUGCUGGCCAGGCCGGGAAUGAAAUGAACAGGUUACAGCAAGAUGUUCAUAAUGGGGUCAACCAAGCCAGCAAGGAGGCCAACCAGCUGCUGAAUGGGUCUCAUCAAGGUCAAGGCGGGUACGGAGGCCAGCACGGAGGGGCCGCAACCACUACAGUAGUAUCUGGGGCCUCGGUCAACAAGCCAUUUAUCAACUUCCCAGCUCUGUGGAGGAGUAUCGCCGCCAUCAUGCCCUAAACUGAUGCCCAGGCAACAGAAUGUUCCUGUUGUCACAGCAGCUGAACCGACCCAGAGGAGCUGGGGUUUGGGGAGAGCUUCCUGGGUGCCCUUGAGGGGACCGCUUUGAGCUUUGUGAAUAAACUUGAACAUACUCUCCCUUC